GAUUCGUACUUGUUCAAUGGCGACGAAUUGUGUUUAAACCGACAAACGGUUGUUCUCAAGAUAAAUCUGGCUGAUUGACGAAUGCCCGUUUGACAGAUUCCCUGUGAAAAGAGAAGCGUCUCUUACAAGAUGCCGCGGACCAAGUAUCAUAAUAAAUCCAAAGGUACGAGUGACUCGAAGGAACUGGACUUGAUGUUGCAGACCUUCGAUAGGCAUGUGAAGCUACGCAUUAGCAAGAUGGAACGCGAGACCCAGGCAGACCUCAAGAGCUUCGACACUUUUGUUGACGUUAUGAUUUCUCGCCUACCUCAAGAGAUACGUCAAAUGACACUGGGCGAGAUACUGGCUUACGACUGUAACGAGGAAAAGGAGAAUCAGAAGAGAGAAAAUCAGAACAAUCUGGUGAGCUCGUCUGUUGGGAGCGAUAUUAUGCCACCACCUGCUACCAAAGGAAAAAGUAAAGCUGGAAAACGUGGCACAACUAUAUCUGACGAUGGAUACGCAUCGGAAGGAACCAAAUUGAGCACCACAUCGCAAAAUGUCAAAUCCCAGACACUAGUAUCUACAACAAGGAGGACGCGCAGCGCUACCAGAGCAAGUACUGCAAAAGCAAAAUUACUCGAGGUCAAUCAGAAGACAGUGACCAAGAAAAAGAAUGACUUGAACAAAUUCGAGAUGGACAACUUCAAAACACCAGCAGCAAAGCAUGACCACACUAUGUACGAUGUGGUCACACCAAAGGUCAAACCUAACACACCGCUGAAUGUUCUGAGACGUCCGCGUCAAGGUGAAAUGGUUCUCAGCAUGCAAGGAAGUCCACUGUUGGUUUCUGCUGUUGUGGAGGAAAAAACUGCCAAUAUCAAUGUACCUUUAGCUGACGGCAAUGUAAUGUCCUUGUUACCCAGAGAAGGAUUACGCCUGUCACAUAUUCCUGCAUUAGAUCCAGAAACAAUGGACCAGUUGCAAACCCUAAAGAAUCACAUUGAAAAAGUUAUGGCAUUGAAGUAACAAUAAUUGUUAAUGUAUCAUACGUAUCUUGUAAGAAAACAAUCAAGUAGAAUAUUUUUAUUCAUUUUUAUACAUAUAUGUAUUUAUUAUUCUUAAAAAAUGUGUAUAGACUAGGUGACCUUUUAAUAGUUUUAAGUAUCUCCCAUAUUUGUAUGAAGCAAUUUUUUAAUAUAUAAAAAAUCGUCUUUUA